AUCGAGUGUCGUAACUCUCAUAUUCAACAGCUCUGGUGCAAACUGGUGGAACUGCGUAUUUAGAGACGCUUCAGAUACGAGAGAGACUGCGCACCGUUACAGCAAGCACAAGAGGGGACCGAUUUACCACGACCUGUGGUUGAUUUGUAGGACGCUGGUCUGUUGAGAGCAGUAAACCAGAGGAGAAUCAGUGUACUACAGUGACGUCCACCUACUGACGUUAGGUGAUGGCGGUGAAUGUUUACUCAACAUCUAUGACCAAUGAGAACCUGAGCAGACAUGACAUGCUCGCCUGGGUCAACGACUCCCUUCAGCUCUCCUACACCAAGAUAGAGCAGCUCUGCUCAGGUGGGGCGUACUGUCAGUUCAUGGACAUGUUGUUUCCCGGCUGUAUUCUGCUGAAGAAGGUGAGGUUCCAAGCAAAACUGGAACACGAAUACAUCAACAACUUCAAAGUCCUGCAGGCGGCGUUCAAGAGAAUAAACGUGGACAAGAUCAUUCCUGUGGAGAGGCUGGUCAAGGGAAGGUUUCAGGACAACUUUGAGUUUCUUCAGUGGUUUAAGAAGUUCUUCGAGGCAAACUACGACGGGAAGGAGUACGACCCUCAGUUAGUGCGACAGGGUCAUGAUGCCACACCUCCACCCAACCCAGGGCCCCAGCGGACAUCACCAACAGGACCCAAAAGCAUGCCCCCACCCCCGCGUGCCAUCAGCUCCACCCCGUCGACCGCCAUGAGACGGAACAUGCCAAUGUCACGUAACGGAAGCGGUGAUGCUGAGAUCAAGGAACUUAGCCAGCAGCUGAUGGACCUGAAGUUGACUGUUGACGGUUUGGAGAAGGAACGAGAUUUCUACUUCAGCAAGCUCAGAGACAUCGAGCUGAUCUGUCAGGAACACAAGAGCGACAGUAGCUCCAUCCUCACCAAAAUCAUGGACGUCCUCUACGCUACAGAGGAUGGUUUUGCACCUCCAGAAGACGAAGAUAUCGAUGAACCGCCACAAGACCAAGAUGAAUAUUGAUCCACUCACCCGACUCUCUCUCAUCUCAUUCAUGUCUUCAACCUUUCUGCUCGACCACACCAUCUCUCUUUUUCUCCCUCUAUUCUUCUCAAUCAUCCCCCAUCUCCAACCAGCAGACACUAAGGGUGUGGUCUAAUGUGCUAAUGAAUUGAUUGUAGGCGUGUUUACACAUGUUUGAGUUUUGAGAGUGACACUGCAGUCGUGUGCAGAGAUUGAUGUUUUAUUGGCUGUAGGGUUUAAGGAUGGUUUUCAAGGCGCUCCAGCACUGACCCAUAAACAUUCAGUCACACUUUUCAAUUGACUUCAGGAGCCAGGACGAUUGAACAGGUCUAAAUCAGUGUACAUCCACACACACACACACACACGCACACACACACACACACACGCGUCUGUUCUGUUGUAGUGCUUAUGUAGCCGAUGCUCUUAGAUUAACUUCAUUUUUAACAGUAUUUAAUGUGGGCUCGUUUUGUAGCAGUGAAAAUCAAAACUUACUCUUUUCACAAAUUGAAUACAGGUUCCUUGUCUCAUUGUAAAAAGAUUUGUUAGUGUGUGCUAUUCCAAAAUAGUAAAUUUAGUCAAAUUUUAUUAUUUUAUCAUAAGUGUGUGUGUGUGGAGAUGUGUUUCUUUGUAAUUGCCGGUAAAUCAUUAGCAAUACUGCUGGUGUGGUGUGGAGUUUUAUUUAUUUACGAAGGAUAGAGAACAAUUAACAUCGAUGAAGUCAAGUAAUGUGAUGAAAAAAGAGUUUUCUAUAGCUGCUAAAUUUUAAUUUAACAUUUCAUUGUUUUCUUUUUUAAUAUUUUCUUUUGUUGCGCAGAAUUAAAUGUUACGCGGGUUCGUUUUGAUUGACAGGAUCUGUGUCAUUUACACUUUCACCCCUCAUCUACUGUCACUAUGGAGGAUGAAACCUGCAAAAAAAAAAAAUGCGGAAACAAAUACAUGAAUGUGUAUAAAUACACAUACUGCUGUUAAAAUACUUACACAAAUGAUUAAAUGUGUAAGGAGCCUAAUCUUUAAAGUCCCAGUGAAAUUAGAAAUUACAAUGCCUAUUUUUUCAUGAAAUAUUGUAGUGUUUAUUGUAAAUAGUUUAGCAAUGUCGGUAAUUCUCUUUUUAAAAUUUGUGUGCCCUCAUAAUCUUCAGUUACUUUUACAUUUAUGCAUUUGGCAGAUGCUUUUAUCCAAAGUGACUUCCAUUACAUUGCAUUGUACAUUUGUUUCUGACUAUGUGCAAUCGCCUGCUAUUGAACCCAUGGCCUUGGCAUUGCUAGCAAGCCAUUCUCUAACCACUGAGCCACAGGAAAGCUAGUUAAAAUCUUAAAAUGAACUUCCUUCCUGUAAUGACUAUCCAUCUUAAAUGACGUAUGUUAGACGGCUUGGGCGGAGCAUCGGUUAAGUCCUCCCCCUCAACUAUCAGUCUGCUGCCAGUUCCAUUUCAAAAUGCAACGGUUGUUAUUAUACAUCCAAUCAAAUCGCAGAGAAAGACGAAAACCACGCCCACUAUUUUUCUCAUUAGAAAUUCCAUUUCACUGCGUCAAAAUACGUUCGUAAAAACCAUCGCAACUUCUGGUUCACGGGGACUUUAAUCAAAAACGUUAAGCGAAAACGCUCUCGAAACGACCUCUCUUCACUUCUGGUCACGACGAUGGCUCAAGGGCGGGGCUUCAAUGACUGACAGAUUGCAAAUGGCGUUCAAAUCUUUCACCUUUUAACGAUACAAUCAGGGCUGCGUUCAGCCCCGACAAAACGUUUUUUAAAUGUAAACGGUGGUGCGAUUGAACACCCUGUUGUGAUGACGCAAGAGUUGAACUAUGGGAACUGAGAAGGCCAUUCUUUGAGUUCUUUUUUUAAUACUGUAAAAUACAUGUAUUCUAAUAUCUUCAAUUGUUGAGUAUACCGAGCUGCAGCAGACACAUUUGUAAACAACUUUACUUCUCAUUGUGCGAGCUGUCUCUUUAAUACCGCGUGGGUUAUACACAUGUUGCUGCUGAUUGGGCUGAAAUUCUUGACACACCCACCAAACAAGAGAAAACGUAUCUCAAACUCCGUUGCACACCGUUUCCAGGAAACAUGUCGUUCAACCCGGAAACAUACCCCAGUUGUGGGUAGAUGAACUCAAGACCCGCUCUACAUUUUUCCCCCUCAUUUCAGAAGUCGUUUCACUCGGGAAUACGUGACGAUGCGGAAAAAGAGACAAUCGCUACUUCAUUUAUACACAUAUUUAUUUCCGCACUUAUUUAUUUAUUAUUUUUUCAGGUUUUGUCCUCCAUUAAGUGACAGCAACUGUUGCCAUGGCAACCACACAGACAUGCAUCCAUUUGGAGUUUUACUAUGUAAAAUAAAAAUGUCUGCGGGGAA